AAAAACUAUCGAAAUACAGGGUUUAACCGUUUAGAUUUUAUAUAUUUCAAUCAUCACGACCCACUUCAUCAGAUAAAUUUGAUUCUUCCAUUACGCCCCAAAAGAGAUGGGAAAAGGUCCAGGUCUCUACACAGAUAUCGGCAAGAAGGCCAGAGAUCUUCUGUACAAGGAUUACCAGACUGACCAUAAGUUCACCAUCACUACUUACACUUCCACUGGAGUGGCCAUAACUUCAUCAGGAACUAAGAAAGGUGAGCUACUUUUGGCUGAUGUGAACACUCAGCUGAAGAACAAAAAUAUCACAACUGACAUAAAAGUGGAUACAAAAUCUAAUCUUCUUACUACCAUCACUGUUGAUGAACCUGCACCUGGAAUCAAGACAAUUUUCAGCUUUGUUGCUCCUGAUCAGAAGUCCGGCAAGGUGGAACUCCAGUACUUGCAUGAGUAUGCUGGAAUCAGUACUAGCAUUGGAUUGACUGCGAGUCCCUUUGUCAAUUUCUCUGGCGUGGCUGGGAGCAAUGGUCUUGCUCUUGGUACUGAUCUCUCAUUUGACACUGCCACUAGAAACAUCACCAAAUGCAAUGCGGCAUUGAGUUUCUCUAAAGCUGACCUGAUUGCUUCCUUGGCAUUAAAUGACAAAGGUGACACCCUUGCUGCUUCCUACUACCACACUGUCAGCCCAUUGACCAAUACAGCUGUUGGUGCGGAGCUGACUCAUAGCUUCUCAAGCAAUGAGAAUUCUCUCACCAUUGGAACGCAACAUGCACUAGACCCACUAACAACAGUGAAGGGCCGGGUGAACAACUUCGGCAAGGCAAGUGCUCUCAUCCAGCAUGAGUGGCGUCCAAAAUCCCUCUUCACCAUCUCAGGAGAAGUGGACACCACGGCUAUUGAAAAGAGUGCGAAGAUUGGACUGGCGUUGGCUAUCAAGCCAUGAAUUUAGGUAAAACCCAUACAAUAAGAGUGAUAGACCAGCUGUGUUUUUGUACCUUGGAGAGCAACAAGGUGGAUAGAAUAAGUAAAUAUUUGUUUAGCUGUGAAAAUUUGAUGGGGGUAUUGUCCUCUUGGUUGUUACGGAUUGUAAAAAUAAUCUUUAGCUGGUUCUACAAACCAAAUAUCAUUCUUUUCCUGGUCAAGUCCUCAAUCAAUGUAUACCAGGGUUAAUGUUAAAUUACUUUUAGCAGAAACUCUCUUUGGGGAAUGGUACAAAUUGAUCUUUGAUGUUUCGCUCA